AUGCCGACCUUGGCGAUUACAAACUUCAACAUUGUGUUGAGCGUGUUGGGGGGGUGGAUCAGUUUGUUUGGGCUGGUGUCGUAUUUGAUGAAGGAGAAUUUUUAUUUGAGUGAGGCUUAUGAGAUACUGACGAAAAAUGUAUUAGUGAUUUCGUUGCUUGCGGGAGUGGCCUUUUCUCCGGCGGCGGCGAAUUUAAUCAAACCGCUCGAGUAUACUUUGGGAUCGGAAGAAGACCUCAACAUUGUCACGCUCUCAUUCACCCGUCUUGUUCUUGGGAUUCAGCUUGUUUUGGCGGGUGUUCAGUUACCGUCACGAUAUCUCAAGAAACAAUGGCGGCCGCUGCUGUGGUUGCUGGGCCCGAUCAUGACGGCUAUGUGGCUGUCUACUGCUCUUUUAAUCUGGGGUCUGGUGCCUGGGAUUAGGUUUCUGGAGGCGCUGGUGGUGGGCAGCUGUGUCACGCCCACGGACCCGGUGUUGAGCAAUGUGAUUGUGAAGGGCAAGUUUGCGGAUCAUAACGUGCCGAAGGAGCUGCAGGAUGUGAUUAUUGCCGAGAGUGGUGCGAAUGAUGGGUUGGGGUAUCCGUUUUUGUUUUUGGGGCUGUAUUUACUUGAGGUGGGAUGGGGUGGAGGGGAUGGGGGGGUGAGGGGGGCGAUGGGGCAGUGGUUUGGGGAGACUUGGGGGUAUACGAUACUGUUGAGUGUGGUAGGUUUUGUGCUUUUGAUGUUUUGCCCUCGAGGGAGAGGAGAUUUUGCUAACCAGCUGGUGAUGUUGAUAGGUGAGAGGAAGUUUGUGGAUAGGGAGAGCUUUUUGGUUUUUGCUAUCAGUUUGGCGUUGUUCAUCGUGGGAACGUGUGGGAUGAUUGGGAGCGAUGACGUCCUUGCUUGUUUCAUUGCAGGCAAUGCCUUCACCUGGGAUGACUGGUUUCGAUUGGAGACGCUGGACGAUUCGUUACAGCCAACCAUUGACAUGCUGCUGAAUGUGUCGGUGUUCAUGUGGUUGGGGGCGGUUUGCCCGUGGCAUGAGUUUUUGGUGAAUGAUGGGGUGGCACCGCUGCAUCGGCUGGUUAUUUUGGGAAUUCUGGUGCUGCUGUUCAGGAGGUUGCCAUGGGUGUUUGCGAUCCUCAAGUUUAUCCCCCAGAUCGAGGAAGUCCGCCAGGCGAUAUUCGUGGGUUUCUUUGGCCCGAUAGGGGUUUCGGCGAUCUUCUAUCUCUAUAUCACAUUGGAGUUCUUGAAGACGAUGGAGCCAAGCGAGGAGGUUGAGCAUUUGGGGCACGUGGUCAAAGUUGUGGUAUGGUUCCUGGCCAUUUGCAGUAUUGUAAGUUGGAAUCUUUGUUGUUAUGACAAGAAGACAAAAGGGACUAACAUGUACGGUGACAGGUUGUGCAUGGCCUGA